AUGCCCGCAGGGGCCACCAAGGACAUGGGCAAGAUGCUGGGGGGAGAGGAGGAGAAGGACCCGGACGCGCAGAAGAAGGAGGAGGAGCGGCAGGAGGCGCUGCGGCAGCAGGAGGAGGAGCGCAAGGCCAAGCACGCGCGCAUGGAGGCCGAGCGGGAGAAGGUCCGGCAGCAGAUCCGGGACAAGUACGGGCUGAAGAAGAAGGAGGAGAAAGAGGCGGAGGAGAAAGCCGCCCUGGAGCAGCCCUGCGAGGGGAGCCUGACCCGGCCCAAGAAGGCCAUCCCGGCGGGCUGCGGGGACGAGGAAGAGGAGGAGGAAGAGAGCAUCCUGGACACGGUGCUCAAGUACCUGCCCGGGCCGCUGCAGGACAUGUUCAAGAAGUAGCCUGCCUGCUCCACCCCACUCCACCCGUUACUGUUUCUUCGGUUCUUUCUUUUCUUUUUCUUCAGUUAAGUCUCAGUUCUGAAGGGGAAACCUCAGUUGGCCUCUGCCCCCUUACCUGGCCAGGGGCUCCUCCCCCUCAGCCCUCCCUCACACCCUCCUUCACCCCAGGGUAUCCACCCCCACCCCACACCCAAGCGGAAGACAGCUUCUCCCCGGCAGGGGGCCUCGAACCCAGGGCCAAAGGCGCUGGGGCCCCCUCAGGAAGCCCGAGGUC